UAAAGUUUGCUAGGGCAGUUUUAGUCAACCUGUCAGUUGUGGGAAUGGAGACCCUCUGAAGAACAUACAGUUCAAGACCCAUUUAACACACGACAUUAUAUCUGCUUCUAAACAACUACUUUGAAAAGCCACAUCACCUUCAAAUUCAAUGUAAAAUACGGGAAUUAAAAGCGCCUGAACUGAACACAAGCUGCAUUAUUGGACUCUUCAUCACGUUACCUGGCAAGUCUUGUUACCUGGCAACUGAAAACAACUGGUUGGACUAGUUUUUGGCCUCCUGGCCACCAAGUCUGUCCAUGUUGACCACACAGGAAAGGGUUUAAAGAUUCUGCCGAACUUCAACUUACCUGCAUUACAUGUAGUGGAGAAAAAACAUCAGAUUUCUACAAGCCAGAGAUAACUGUUCCAGUAUUGGCUCAUCUUGGACUUGAUUUGAAAACUUGGCUAUCCAAACUGCAUUGGCCAGGUACAGUCAUGCACCUAGAGGUAAAGGUAGCUCUCAAUUUCAUUGUGUCCUACCUGUACAACAAACUGCCCCGUCGUCGUGCUGACCUCUUCGGGGAGGAGUUGGAGCAGAUACUGGUGUCGCGCUAUGAGGGCCACUGGUACCCUGAAGCUCCUCUGCGGGGCUCUGCCUUCCGCUGCCUGCACCUGGGGGCCCCCAGGGACCCGGUGGUGGAGCUAGCUGCCAGGAGAAGCGGACUGGACACAGAGGAAGUGCGCGCCAAUGUCCCCCCAGAGCUGAGUGUGUGGAUCGACCCCUAUGAGGUGUCCUACCAAAUUGGGGAGAAGGGAGCCGUUAAGGUGCUGUACUUGGAGGAUCCACCCGGCUUAGGUGGGGAAGGAGAAAUGGUGGAAGUAGUAAGUGGAGUGAGUAAAGGUGACAUGGAGGUAGAGGAGGCAAAGAUCUUAGGAUUCAACCCUGAGGCCCAGGUGUUUGUUCCAAUUGGAGGCCAGAUAUCUCCAGUCCUCCUUCCUUCCCUCUCCAGCUCACCCACACCUCUCUCGGCCUCAUCCUGCCCAGUGCUUUUCAGCUAUCCCAGCUCCAGCACACCCACGAACCCAACGGCCCACUCCUCUAACACAUCCACACCUUCCCCUCCAAGUGGGGGACUCCCUUACCUCCCCUCUCAGCAGACAACGCCCGCCUUGCCCAGCACCCGUCCACCGCUGCAGCCCAUCACCUUCACCACGGCCAGUUUCGCUGCCACUAAAUUUGGCUCCACCAAGAUGAAGAAGUGUGGCGGUUCCGGAUCGGCUGGCAGCUCAGGUAUAGGCGUGCCCCCGCCACAGAGGAUGCUCUCCCGUUCCCCCACUAACAUCUCUCCCCCAGUGCUGCUGAAACACAAGCCCCUCUCUGUCUCCCUGCACUCCCUGGGGGGUCAGAUCCCCAGCCAGCUCUCCCCCAAUGCCAAAGAGUUUGUUUACCCAGCAUCCCCAGGGCCCCUCUACUUUGACAAUGAUGCUCCACCCAUGCUACCACACGUGAGCCCCUUCCAGCACCCUCACCCCGCCCACUCCCACCCCUCCUUUGACCCAUUCUCUAGCCCCCCACCUGGUCCAGCUGUUGGCAUCAUUGGUGGUAGCGGUGGGAUCUCUUACAUGGAGAAGCCCUCAUUUGUGGAGGGUAUAGGGGGGUAUAACCUGCAAUAUCCCAGCCAGGCCUUCCAGCCUGUGGUGCUGGCCAACUAAGCCUUUAUGAUGAGUAUUGCUGUUGCAGCAGUAGAGCAGUAAUGCUCAAGUAUUUUUUUUCGAAAAUUGUUCUUAGUGAUACUACAGCGUAGAAUUAGUUUUAUUACUACUACAACCUCCACUAUAUAUUUAAAUAUAUCAUCGUUACUGUUCAGAUUUUGUUUUGAGGAUUUUGAUUUCAGUUUCUCUCUAACCAGAGGAGUAACCAGCCUCCUAUUGCACAGACAUUUAUUUUUAUUUUUUUACUGAAUGUUCAACUGAGUAAAAUGCCCUUCAGCUUUGGACUAUUGACAGCAGCAUGUUAGGUAUUUUGCACUUCACUGUCAUGCUGUGAAAAUGGACCAAUGUCCUGUAAGAUUGCUUUGGAAAGCUUAGCGCUUUGCAAUCUGCUCGGCCUUAGUUGCCACAAAUGCACAGUGGGGUUUAUGCUGUUUUAGUGAGGACUUAUUCAUGCUAACAAGUGUUAAAUGUGCUCUUCUGUGGCUUAUGGUCAUCGUGAAUAUAGUUGGCCUGUUACUAGAGCCUUGAAACAUAUCACACACCAUGUCGGAAUCUGUUUGGCGUGAGGAAUCAGUAUUUGCCAUUCAUCAGCUCUGAAAUGUGUUCAUGGAACAUGCUAAGAAAGGGAGCCUGUGUGUAGUGUCUUGGGAAUAGGGAGGGUUGAAUGUGCAGGGUAUGAGGAAAUGUAUCUGUCAUGACAGGAAGAAUUACUGCCAGGGAGGUCAGCAAACCUUGGUGAACGUGAGAGGGAAGUUGAUCUUUGUCUUCAUUAUAUCCGAUGUACCAAUCUCCCAAACACACACACUCAUGCACACUCCCACACAGACACACACACACACACAGGCCCAUAGAAUCUGUCAGCAGUGUGUGAAGGUGAACGGGCGUUGUUGGAAGGGGAUGGGAUGCAGUUAAGCAAUGGGGAUUGUGAUAAAUGGCUUAGCGUGACUUUGACUAUGAAGGAGAGGUCUUACUCUGCAGGGAAAGGAGGAGGACGGGAGAGGAAAAAAGGGAUGGCGAGGCAGGGGCAUCGAUUACGUUUUACCACCUUUUAUCAUCUUGGGUGCAAUGGCUUUAGACUGACACUUUAAAACCCGGAGCAUGUUUCUGUAGAGCUUCAGUGGCAUUGCAGCCAAUGGCUCAUGCUAGCUCCCCUGAUCUUUAUUCCCUUAAUUAUCUGUUCCAGUUGCUGCUGCAGUGGGAGACCAGAAUCAUAUAAUGAAAGCUGUUUUCCAUUUCAAUUUCCAGGACUAUGAAUGUUACCUAAACCUGUGUUUUUGUCACUUUAUGAUGCCAUGUCAGAUCAUUCUCAUAUUGAAGGUGGUGAUACCCUGGCUCCAUAUAGGUAAUAGAGGGGGCUGGUAUGUCACCAGGGUUCAGGCAGCCCCCUAACCUCACCUUUCCUUUUGAGACAUCCAGCACUUUAUAUUAUUGGGCAAUAGAUGCCAUGUGAUUCCCCCCAGUCAUGUUAGGAGCUAAACGUUCAUUUUCUUUGUCUUUCUUAUAUUGGCCCAUUAUGUUACAGCUGCAUCUGCUAGGAAAUGUUGGUUCUGUCACGAUGAGAUUUGUAUUUGGAUAAAAUGGGAAGGGGAACGUGUCCCUAGCCAUCAUCUGAAUGUUAUCUAGAUUGUGCCCAUAAACAUCUGUGUAUAACCUAACCUAAGGACCCUUGACUUGUGCUCACACUGGUAAUUGCUGUGUGACAGUCGGUCAUAUGCAUGUAUGCAGUCAUUAAAAUGGUGUUUCUUUUUUUUUUGCUUCCAGGGGUUGGGAGGGGAGGGUCAGAUCUCUUUUAUAAAUGUAAUGGUUGUGAGGGAAGGGUGCAUUUUUACAUUUGUAAUUUAUUUUACAUUUUCUAUAUUUUUCCUGUGUUUUUCACAAGUAAUUAAGUACAUUUGUAAAGGUAAGAGAUAGAGAUAUAUAUUAUAACAAUAGGAAUAUGUAUAUAUUUCUUAUGUUCAGGUUUCCUUUGUUUAGUUAUGUGUUGAAGUUAUUUUUACCAAAAAAUAACUAUAAAUAUAUAUGCAAGUUGGGACUAAAAAUAAAGAUGUAGAAAAUAAAGUAUUGAAUGUGUAUUGUACCUUGUACAGAAUCUGUCCAAUAAAAGACGGGUAAAUGUAA